GACUCCUCUUGCCGUUUGCACUCACCAAGAGUUCUACUAUAAAAUAUGAAAUGGUCGGGCUAUUUAAUGGAUUCUGUGAGCGGUCGGACGCGUUUUUCGUAUAAUGAAAGGGAAUUUAAGAGACAACAAGAAGACGCUGAAAGAAUGCAAGUGAGUCUGAAUCGAAUGGUUCCUGCUGCAGAAACGAAAGAUUUAGGCGCGUGUGUCACGGUAGGGAAUAGUCUUACCAAGGCCUUUCGUCAGGUGGAUCGUAUUUGUAUGAGAAACAAUGUUCCUCGACAAUUUAAAAACCAACGAUUUUACGAAAAACCCAGUGAAAAACGUUCUCGUCUCCGCUCGGAAGCUCACCGAGCAAAGUUUCGUGCCGGUAUUAUACGACUUGUAAAUUUGGCAAAAAAUAUGAGACGCUGGGGAUAUUAAGAAUAAGCAUUUCCAAAGAGGCCCGCAUGAUAGCUGAUCUGAUAAUUCAGUGAUCUGGUCUUGUCUUGCUUACACGCAUACCCCCUUUUUUUUGGGAAACAGAAAAAGCUAAACUUUUUUUUAAUUGGGAUGCUAAUUUUCAUUACCCUUUUGAUGCCUCCCCUCUUACAUACAUAUACAUAUCUUAUUCCGAUUUAGAGUUUCAAAGGAAACUGUCCGUGAGUGUAUUUGGGUGAGUCUAAUUCUUGUUGAAAAAAAAACGAUUCGAAGGAGAAACCCUUCCUUACGAAGACGAAGGAAAAAGAAGUGUGAAAGCUGCUUUUUACACAAGAGUUCCCAAGUCCCUUUAACAGCUUCAAAGCCUCUUUUUGUAAUAUUUGUUAAUUUCCAAUUCAUUUCAUGAAUUUAAUGUACGUGUUUAACUCAGAUAUUCCUUAAAAUAAUAAGACAACACAGCCGACUUCACUAAACCGGUAAAGACGAUUUCGUUUUGUUUACCUACUCUAAUUUUGUAA